ACGAACGGUUCGCUUGCACAGUAACUCUUGAAUAUUUAUUAUCGACAACAUUUUUGAGGUUCACUCGUAACGGACUAUUUAUUUUAUAUUCAAUUUUCGUUGUAAACGAAAUGGUUUUUGCUUGGUAGAAUUUUUGUUUCUCUUUUCGAUAAAAUACUCAUAUUUCAAGAAAAUUCUCUGUGCUAUAGCUGAAAAGGACAUGAAAAAUAGAAGUGAUUUAAUAGUGUGCGAUAAUUAAAGAAACAAAAAAGGUGUGUUUUCUCAUAUAUUGAUAACGGUGCUAUUUAGGAAACUUUCAAACAAUUGCGCUUUGUGCGAAAGCAACGUAUUCACUUUUGAAUAAUCCAUUAGUGGUUUUCAUUGUUCUCUUCUCGCAAUUUCGACAUCUCAAUGGUGUAAUCAAUCAAAUACAAUGUAAUGUGAAAAUAAUAUUUCUACUUUGAAAUGCAAAGAGAUAGAGAGCACACAAUGUGUUCUAAUGUGAAAGGAAGUGAAUGAAUGGUAAUGUGAUCGGAUAUUCAAUCAAUUUAUAAAAUAACAAAUCGAAACAAAUAAACGAAAUUAACAGAAAAAAAUAAGAAAUUUUUCAUCCAUCUUAGUCGGUAGCUAUCGCAUUAUCAUCGCGGCAAAAGUUCACGUUUUUCGUAUGAAACGCACGUGCAAAUUGAAAUUGCCAUUUUCGUCGUUCCAUUUGAAAUUCGAUUGACAUUGUGCAUUUGGAAUAUAAUUCAACGUGAAAAAAAAGCAUAAAAUAGAAAAACACUAAGAAAUAAAAAAGAAAGAGAGAGAGAAAAAGCUCAUCAACACGCAUCUUGAGUUAUUGGCAUCGGGAAGCCGAAGGGCAUUGAAACACAUACAUUUGAUGAAUGUACAUUUGCUGCUUGGCAAAUGACGAACUCAUAAAAAUAAAAACGUGCCAAAGAGACGUGAUAAGUGAAACUGUGCAAAUAGGUUGAAGAAAAUAGAAGGAACACCAUUCAAUUCGAUAGACACAUUUCCUUAACAGAGUCAAGCAAACGCUGCUCAUUUUGAUAUCAUCUCAUUGCAUUAUCUUAAUCGACUCGUCAGCGAGUAAGUGAAUGAAACAAAAUACAAUCGCUAAAAUUCUAGUUCGAAAGCUAUUCGGUGAUCGUUGAGUUGUGCUUUCAGCAAUAGACACCUUCAAGCCGAUUUGUUUUGUUGUGCAGUGUAAACGGUUCGUGUGGAAAGUUAUAGAUCGAAAAUUCAAUUCUUUUCCACAUAAUUAUUUGGCUAGACGACUAAUUUACGACAGCAUCGGGUGUAGUGUAACUUUGGAAAUAGUUUUACGGGGAAAAAGUUCACUCUCAAAUUGAAACAAUUUUUUUCUGUGUAUGUCGUUCGUAUAAUUGAAUUGCGGCGGAAAAAUUGUUGCAAAGCCAAAAAAACCGCUGUAAACAAAAAUAUUUCAACUAAAAAUAGCAUUAAACGAACAGCCAAGCAUAUAUCGAAGUGAAAAAAAAAAACAACAAAAUAAUCGGCCGGCCAUUUUCCCACUUGAAUUCGAAUCAAUUUGUUUUGUGGCAACCGCUGAACAGAGAAGUGAGUGAAGAGAAACACAAAAAGCGAACCUGGUUUAUGUGAAUUGGAUUCUUUCGUUUGUAUACGUUCAUUGUUGCGGUUUCAGUGUACAUGUGUUUGGCUCAUGCUCGAACUUUUUUCGGACUAUUAUCAAAACCUUGUUUCAAUUUGCAUUCACACAGUGUAAAUAUACUCAGUCUCUUUCACACACACUCGUGCGUGCAAACAAUCGCAUAAAAUAACAUUUUGUGAAUAAUUUUGCAUGCGCACAUUUCUCACCACAAAACCAAAAAAAAAAAAUGCACAGACAGUGAAACAAAAAAUUAUUAAAUUCGGAAUUUCACUUCAUGUUAAUUGAAAUAAAUUCCAUAUUAAUUUCAUCGUUAGUCAGUGCUACAGUUCAAUUGUCCGAUCAUUAUUUAAAAAAAAUUCGCGGUGAAAAGUUUUUUUUCAAAAUACAUUGAAAAUCGGGUGUAAUAAUUGGGAGGCAAUCAUAUAUUUGAAAAGUAUACUUUUUAAAAAAGACCGCCAUAGAAAAAACACUGAUACAAAGACCAUAGAAAAUAUCAGCGAUUCUGUGUUUCAAUUGAACUAAAAACGAGAGCCAAAAUAAACACAACAGCAACCGAUAUAGUCGAAGCUUUUCAUUCAAGCGUCUGUUGGCGAUAGAUUGGAUUUUGAUGAAGUUUCAUGGAUUUUCAGUGAGAUCAAAAGACCAUCAAACCGUGAAUCGUCCAAACAAUUGAAUAAACAAAAUGCACCGAACUAGAGAAUGAAACAGUCCAUUUUCAUCAUUGAAAACUAGCAAUUAAUUUGGAAAUCAUGUCAAGCCAUUCGGGAACAAUCGGUCGAUCGAGCGGCCGAACGAUUUCGUCCAAUGGAAAUCAUAUCAGGCGACAACGUUCAGUUGAAUGGCAUCAUGCACAUGGAUACAGCAGCAGUGACGAUGAUGAACGAGGCAUUCACGGUACAAUUAAUCCAUCAUUUGACAGUCAAUUGCUGGCACAAUUGAUUGCCCAAAGCCAGGAGUUAUCCAAUAAAUGUGCUGAACAAUAUCGAUCGGACUGUGAUAUCAAAAGUGCAACCAAUGGAACCGAAAAUCUUCUAUACAAACAUCAAAACAUGGAUUCACCAAAUUCGGUUAUCAGUCGAUCACCAUUGCAAAUGCGUCAAGCGUCACCAUUUCCAUUGGAGUCGACAAAUCGACGCUAUGUCACUGCACCAGCACCAAAUCCACAAGAUCGACAUCGUUCCAGCGGUGAAGUUAUCUACACAACAACCACAACAAAGCCAUCGGCAAUGCCAACAAAUUCAUUGCUCAGGAGUAGUUUGUCAGUAAAUAGUCGACAUCAUCAACGCACAACUAGUGGCAUGACAUCGUCUAGCAGUGCCACAUCAUCGAAUAGUAAUAACGUAAAUAAUGAACGACAUCGCGAUAAUGGUAGCAGUCGAAACGGUGAAUUGCAGAAAACCAACAAUGGUGGUAAUGCAUUCAGUGAUUCACGCGAUGAUGAUUCACAAGACGGCCAUCUAAAUCAAUUACACCAUCAAAAUGAAUAUGAGCCGCCACCAGAGCCGGCACCUCCAGAAAUUCCGCCACGUGCUCAAUCUCUCUUAGCAUCUUUAACAAAGAAGCUGUCAAGUUACACAUUGAAAACAAAUGAAACCGGCGACAUGAAGCAUGAAGAGUUUAUACCGCAAAAUCAACAAGAGUACUUGAUGACCGGAAGUCCCCGCACAGCUGGAUAUCCUGCCCGAUCGCCAAUUACUAACGAUACACUAAAUCAACACAGACUUACAACGCCGUUGAAUACGGGGCCACAACAAAUGCCACAGAACAACGAUGUUGGUCCACACUGCCAAAUUGGUGGCAAUUCGCCACUCGUUAUGCCUGGAUUUCCACUUCGUACAUCACAUUCAGCGCAUACUCCACACUAUUCGCCAUACUCACCGUCAAGGUUUCACAUAGACAAGCGAUGUCAACACAGGUGCUCUUGGAAAUGUUUUAGUUUUGCCUUAAUUUUCGUAGCUGUUAUACUUGCUGCUAUGUUGGCCUACUUUGCCGCAGUUAGUUCGAUGAAACCAACAUACGAUCCGAAUAAUUGUAUUCUGGUACAAGAUGUAAAAUCGGUGACACAUGAUCACAUAAGUCAAAAUUCCGAUGGACCAACAGCCUCACCAACCGAAGAAUCAUUGCUAACAAGUACGGCCGAACAUAAUAGCUACACGACUCAACAGCAGCAUACAUCACAAGGAACGAAUGGUGUGCAAAGUAGUUUAUCGCAACUAUAUCAAGAUCCACAGUCAAUUGCACAGCAGGCACAUCAAACCCAACAACAACAGCGUCCAGUGCUUGAGCUUCGUGAAUUCAAUGAACAGUAUCAUGCAACAAUACCACCAUAUCAAUUUUGGAAUUCGGAAUUCAAGAAUAAGCAUCCAGCAUUCAUUCGAAUCAAUUUCACACUUCCGUGGGGUGCAAAUUUUGCGGUUUAUGGUCGUCGUAAUGUGGCACCAAGUGUUACACAAUACGAUUUUGCUGAAUUCAUCAAGGGCGGACGCGUUGAUAAUCGACUACGACGUCGUCGUCGUAGCAGCAGCAGCUCCACCACAAAACCAAUUGAUAAUGUUAACGAAAAAAUGUUACUCGAUAUUCACAAUUACUACGAACACACCAAGGAUAUGUUGGACGAUGAAAAUGGUAAAAGUGAAAUGCAUUCAACACCAAUGCCAUUACAUUAUGCACAACAAAGUAUGGGUAUAAAUCAUAAUGACAUUCAAUCGGAUAUUUCGAUAUCGGCACACAAUGGCCAACAUCAUUUCGAUGGAACAUCAGCACGUGACAGUUUUACUGCCAAUUUCAUUCGAGACAAUUUACAUUUUUCAUCGGACGAAGAGCAUUUGAUAUCGAAACGUUCGGCCAUCGAUGCGGCCCCAUCACUUGACAUGAACACCAUGAUGGUGAAUGUUAGCUUAUUACAAUAUCUCGAUACUGGACGCUGGUUUUUAUCCGUUUACAAUGACGAAUUGUUGGCACAUAGUGUCACACUAAUUGUUGGCGAAGCCGAAGGUGUCAGUACAACAUGUCCGAACGAUUGCUCAGGACGUGGAUCAUGCUAUCUUGGUAAAUGCGACUGCAUUGACGGUUUUCAAGGUGUCGAUUGCUCAAAAAGCGUAUGUCCCGUUCUAUGUUCUGGGCAUGGAACUUACGGAGGUGGAAUGUGUCACUGUCAUGAAGGUUACAAAGGUGCUGAAUGUGAAAUCCCAGCAGGAGAAUGUCAAGUGCCAGGUUGCAAUGGAAAAGGUCGAUGCAUUGAAGGAGAGUGUCAUUGUAAUCGGGGCUUCAAAGGAAAUGACUGUUCUGAACCCGACUGUAUGGAUCCAACAUGUUCUAGUCAUGGAACCUGUAUCAAUGGACAAUGUUUCUGCAAAGCUGGAUGGCAAGGAGAAGACUGUAGCACCGUUGAUCAACAAGUUUAUCAAUGUUUGCCAGGUUGUUCGGAACGUGGAACAUACGAUUUAGAAACUGGCACUUGUAUCUGUGACCGUCACUGGACUGGACCAGAUUGUUCUCAAGCUGUUUGUAGCUUGGACUGUGGACCAAAUGGAAUUUGUGAGUCCGGAAAGUGUCGCUGUAAUCCGGGUUAUGUUGGAAAUCUAUGCGAUCAAUUGCCAUGCGAUUCAAGAUGUGCUGAACACGGUCAAUGCAAAAAUGGCACUUGUGUCUGCUCUCAAGGCUGGAAUGGACGUCAUUGCACGUUGCCUGGUUGCGAAAAUGGAUGUUCGCGUCAUGGACAGUGUACACUUGAGGACGGCGAAUACAAAUGCGUGUGCAUCGAAGGCUGGUCUGGUCCCGAUUGCUCCAUUCAAUUGGAAAUGAAUUGCAACGAUAAUAUUGACAAUGAUCAUGAUGGAAUGACCGAUUGUUCGGACAGUGAAUGUUGUUCGCAUCCAAUUUGUGCGGAGCAUAUAAUGUGUUUGGCAUCGAAUGAUCCAGUCGAGGUAUUAUUGCGUAAGCAACCACCGUCAGUGACCGCCUCCUUCUAUCAGCGCGUUAAAUUCUUAAUUGAAGAGAACUCGGUACAAUCGUACGCUCACAUGGAUGAAUACAGUGAAAGCGAGUUCUGGAAUUCUUUUACACCUGGCCGUGUUUCGGUGAUGCGAGGUCAAGUGAUUACUCCACAAGGACUGGGAAUUGUUGGUAUUCGAGUUUCGGUUGAUCGUGACUCACGCUUUGGUUUCACUUUAACACGACAAGGAGGAUGGUUUGAUGUGCUUGUCAAUGGAGGCGGAGCCGUGACAUUGCAAUUCCAACGUUCACCAUUCCAUCCAAUGACCCGAACAGUGUUUGUACCAUGGAAUCAGAUUGUCGUAUUGCCACCCAUUCAAAUGCAAUUGAACGAAGACGAAGAGCAGAGCCGACUAUCUGUCAAAGUGGCUCCACCGAAUCCAGCGUACAGUUUCUUGAAUACCAUUCGAUAUGGUUUUGAUGAUGCAGCACAAACCGAUGCCAUGCUGUGCAUGGACCAUGAUCAUGAGCUCUUGAAACCACAAGUGAUUAGCACAUGGAUGCCUUCUGGUGUUGGCUCAAAACCCGGCAAACGGACAAUCUUUGCUGAAACACAGAUCGUUCAAGAGACUAUUCAAAUUCCCGGUUCUGAGUUACAUUUAACGUACCAAUCAUCGCAAGCGUCUGGUUACUUGAGUUUAGUUCGUAUGCGUUUAACAAAGGAAAAAAUCCCGAAAACAUUAACACAUGUACAUGUUGGCGUCGAAAUUGAAGGUUCAUUACACGUUAAAACUUAUGAAGCUGAUCCAAAUCUAUCGCAUACGUUUGCAUGGAACAAACGAAAUGUGUACAAACAAAAGGUGUAUGGCAUAUCGAUAGCUCACAUUUCAGUUGGUUACCAAUAUUCGACGUGUGCCGAACCAGUUUGGGAAACACAAACGGCAAAAUUACAAGGAUUCGAUGUUGAUAUAUCCGAUAUUGGUGGCUGGGGUUUGGACAUACAUCAUCAUUAUAAUUUCCAUGAAGGAAUUUUACAAAAAGGAGACGGUUCCACGAUGCACUUAAAAGAGUAUCCGAGAGUUGUUAAAAUAAUUAUGGGAACUGGUUUACAACGUCCAUUGAAUUGUCCGGAUCAUUGUAAUGGAGUUUCGAAAGAUGCACGACUUUUGACACCAAUUGCAUUGGCAACGGGUGCCGAUGGCAGUUUGUAUGUUGGUGACUUUAAUCUAGUACGACGCAUCACACCGGAUGGCAAAGUGUAUACGGUGCUUCAAUUGAGCGCAACACAAGUUUCAUAUCAAUAUUAUUUAACUGUUUCACCGGCCGAUGGACAUUUGUACAUUUCCGAUCCAGAAAAGCAUCAAAUAUUGCGUGUCGUUGCCGUCGAUAAAGUACAUGAUCCAACAUCGAAUAGCGAUCCAGUCGUUGGUAAUGGACAAAGAUGUGUUCCAGGUGAUGAGACAAAUUGUGGCGACAAUGGACCUGCUUUGCAAGCACGUUUAUCGCAUCCAAAGGGUAUUGUGAUUGCAGCCGACCGUACAAUGUACAUUGCAGAUGGAACAAAUAUACGGGCUGUCGAUCCAAAUGGCAUAAUUCACACGCUAAUCGGACAUCACGGUCAUAACAACGUUUGGAGCCCGGCACCAUGCAAAGGUGCUUUGCUCUCAAGUGAAACACAAUUACAAUGGCCGACUGGGUUAGCGCUCAGUCCGCUUGACGGUUCAUUGCAUUUCAUCGAUGAUCGUUUAGUGCUUAAAUUAACGGCCGACAUGAAAAUUAAAGUGGUUGCCGGCACACCGUUACACUGUAAUGCAAAUGGUGAUAAUAAAAAUCAAACGUCGCAGCAAGUACUUGGAACGGUGCUUGCAUUAGCAUUCUCACCCAACGGAUAUUUGUAUGUGGCUGACAGUGAUUCACGACGAAUUAAUUCGAUUCGAGUGAUUGAUACAGCCGCCAAUAUGAAAUCAUUUGCCGGACGACAAGAUUAUGGAUCAUGUGAAUGUGCAAAUGGAAAUGGUACACAAUCGACCACAGUGAAUCCGACUCGUAAUAACGGAAACAAUGGAAAUACAACACCGGUGAUGUUUGGCGGCAGUGGUGGUGGUGCUUCAAAUUCAAAUGCACCAGCAACAUCGUGUUCAUGUGGUAAUCUAAUGAAUCCGAGCAACAGCGGUAAUGCUAAUGCAUUUAAUAUUAAUAUAAACAAUGGCGCUUAUAAUGAUGGUGCAGCAGCAAACAGUGCCGACACACUGCUAUCGUCGAAUGCAAAAUUCCAGGCAAUUUCAGCCAUAGCCGUUUCACAGGAUGGCGUUAUAAAUGUUGCUGAUCAAGGCUCAUUGCAUAUUCUCGCCCUGCAACAUUAUCUACCGACGCACGAUGAAAAUGGCGAAUUCCACAUUCCAUACCCACCGACAAAUGAAAUUUAUGUGUUCAAUCGCUACGGUCAACAUGUUACAACGAAAGACUUAACCUCAGCGAAAACUCGAUACUCGUUCCUCUAUUCGAAAAAUACGAGCUUCGGUAAAUUGUCGACGGUCACCGAUAGUUCCGGAAAUAAAAUCCAAUUCUUACGUGAUUACAGUAACAUUGUUAGUUCAAUUGAGAAUACACAGGAUCAUAAAUCGGAAUUGAAAAUAUCUGGCAUUGGUCUAUUGUCGAAGCUCACCGAAAAGGGUAAAUCAGAAUAUGAACUUGAUUACGAUAGUACAUCUGGAUUGUUGAAUAGUUUAUCAUGUGGUGCUGAAACGUACAUCUAUCAAUAUGAUGAUUUCGGUCGUGCCAUUCGAAUGACAUUGCCAAGCGGUGAAACCAUAUCGAUUGGAUCGAAACUCGGCAAAGACAUUGGUUUAACGGUUAAAGUAAGUGGUUCGAUACCAUCGUUGUUCUCACAAUUGCCGGAAACAUCGGGUGAAGUGUCGGUUAUUGGUGGCAUUGAUUCGUUGGUUAUGAAUCGAACCGGACGUGUAACGCGCGCUCGAUUCAGUUUGAACAAUACAUUACGGGCAGUUGCACCGAAUGGCGUUGUUGUUGAGGCGGCCGCAAUCUCUAGGCAUCCAUUCUUAGAGUCAUCGUUGCCCGUUGAAAGUGAAAUGCUACCAAUGUGGUCACAUCAAAUUGUCACAAUGGGUGAAAGUUUGACAAAUAACAUGUACUCCAUCUACAGUUUAAUUGGUGACUUGAGAAAUCCACAACAAACUUUGAACCGUGAAAUUUGGGUUAAUAAUACACGAGCAUUUUGCAUUCAAUACGAUCAAUUUAGCAGCGUUGAAACAUUUUACGAUAAAAAUCGUCGUCCGAUAUUCGCAAUAACAUUCGAUCCAUCCGGUAUGCCGUUAUCAUAUGCACCGGCCAACGGUGGCUAUCCAUUGAAUUUCACCUAUGACCGUUUCAAUCGCAUUGAAGGCUGGAGCUGGGGACCAUCCGAACUAAAAUAUACAUACGAUCGUCAUGGUCUUUUAUCGGAAAUAACAAGCGCACAAGAUGGCAUCAUUUCGUAUGUGUACAACGAUUGGAAUUUAAUAUCGGAAAUUGGUUUGGCCAGUCAACGAAAAUUCGCUAUUAACUACGAUGAAAAUGGCGGCCUGAGACAUAUUGUAUUGCCAAGCGGUACAAAGCAUUCAUUUAGUAUGCAACCAUCGAUUGGAUUCAUUCGUGUAACAUACACUCCACCCGGCAGUACGAAACCAUAUCUUCAACAUUAUACACAGUCUGGUGCAUUGUUGCAUACAGUAUUCCCAGGCGAUGGUGCUCACAUUGUUUAUCGUUACAAUGAGGCCGGACAAUUAUCGCGAAUUAUUCAUGGCGAUGGUAAGAGUGAAUUUGAGUAUAAUUCAGUGAGCGGUAUGCCAACCACUGUAACACAUGUCGAACGUGAAUUGGAAUAUCGAUGGGAUUUCGAAUACACAGGCGGUUUAUUGACCGAAGAAAGAAUUGACUUUGAAGCAAAAUCGGCAUUAAGCAAUGCUAAAUUUACAUAUGAUUACGAUACAAAUUUCCGUGUGACAUCGAUUCAAGGCAGAAUUGGUGGCCAAAAUUUACCAACACAAUCGUUUGGCUACAAUGUACGAACGGGUAAACCAAGCCAAAUUGGACCAUUCAAAAUAAAUACACCGCGACCGAAUCAAACGCAAGUAAACGACGGUACGGCCAGUUUUAUUCGAACGGUUGAUGGUCGUUUUCUUGAGACGCAAAUGUCUGUUACGAUUCAUCGCUUGGAAGUAUUUCGUAUGGAAUUUUCGCAUGACAUGCAUGGUCGCAUCUCACAAACUCGAACCUAUACACGAAAUGUUGGCGUAAAUACGUACACAAAUGUCAAAAACUAUACAUGGGAUUGUGAUGGUCAAUUGAUUGGCGUCGAAGCACAAGAACCAUGGGGUUUCCGGUAUGACGAUAAUGGAAACAUGCUAUCAUUGACAUAUCGUGGAAAUACAAUUCCAAUGGAAUACAAUGCACUCGAUCGGAUUGUGAAAUUCGGUGAUGGACAGUACAAGUAUGAUGGCAGAGGUUUGGUGUCGCAAAAUGCACGUGAAGAACGUUUCCAUUAUAAUACACAAGGUUUAUUGGUUCGAGCUCAGAAACGUGGACGAUUUGAUAUUCAUUACUAUUAUGACCAUAUGAACCGUUUGAUUACGAGAAAAGAUAAUUACGGUAAUGUCACACAGUUCUUCUACAACAACAAAGAACGUUUGCAUCAAGUCAGUCAGAUAUAUUCGCCACGCGAUGGUAAACUUAUGUCAUUGGUGUACGAUGAUAGAGGUCAUUUGAUUUAUGCUCAAGUAUUCCGGCACAAGUACUAUAUUGCAACGGAUCAAUGCGGUACACCGGUAAUGAUUUUCAAUCAAUACGGCGAAGGAAUUCGAGAAAUUAUGCGAUCACCGUACGGACACAUUGUUUAUGACUCCAAUCCAUAUCUUUAUUUGCCCAUCGAUUUUUGUGGCGGCAUAUUGGAUCAGGUCACAACUCUGGUACAUAUGCCGAAUGGAAAAGUAUACGACCCAUUGAUUGGCCAAUGGAUGUCACCAAAUUGGGAGAAUGUUGCCGAACGCAUUGGUACACCGACCAAGCUGCAUUUGUAUCGCUUCAAUGGAAAUGAUCCAAUAAAUGUUGAACAUGACCGUAACUAUCCGCAAAAUUAUCAAACAUGGUUGAAAUUAAUGGGAUAUCAUAUCAAAAAUUUGAUGCCACAAUUAGUGAAACCAAUGUGGCAACCGCAAAAUCUUUGGGGUUCAGUUCAACCGUCAAUCGUUAAACCUGAAUCGCAUUUCAUUGCAAAAGAUCGAACAUCAGUUGAGUCUGGUUUCCUAACACAUUUGGCACAUCGUCGUUUAACCGAUUUCGAAAAAUUAUCAGCACCGCCACGGUCACUAUUGAAAAUGGAUCUGAUGAAUGUUGGAACACAAAAAAUUGGUGCCGCCUCUGAUCCACCAUUUGGCAAAGGUAUUGUUGUAUCACGCACCAAAUCCGGCCAAGCCAUUGUAUCCAGUGUACCGGCAGCGAAUGCAAUUUAUCGUGAUGUAUAUACGUCAGUUUUCAAUCGGUCAAGCCUAUUGCCAUUUAUAUUUGUUGUACAUAAUUCCCAACAAGAUGCAUUCUAUUUUGUGAAAGAGGAAUCAUGGCGUGCGAGUGAAGAUCGUCAACAAUUGAAACGAUUACAGGGACAAGUAAAUACAACAUUCCAUGAAAUAGCACGCGAAAAUGGUAGUGGCAAUAAUUAUCUGGAUGUUAAAAUUCACGGUGCACAUGCUGUGAUUAAUUUACGAUAUGGCACAACCGUUGAGAAAGAGAAACAAAGACUAAUGCAUCAUGCAAAAUUGCAAGCGGUACGAAAGGCAUGGCAUCGUGAAAAGGAAGCACUUCGAGCUGGUCUCACCACAACCACCGAUUGGACACAAGCUGAAAUCGAUGAAAUUCUAAAACAAGGCUAUGUCAAUCAAUACGAAGGUGAUUACAUUCAUGAUGUUAACAUGUAUCCAGAAUUAUCCGAAGAUCCAUAUAAUAUACGGUUUUCAAAGAAAAAAGCCAAUCAAAUUCGACGACGACGAAGGCGCUCAACAAACGCGUAGAAUUGAAAUUCAUUUUCGCAACGAUAUUUUUUUUGCAUAGAAGAAUAAACCGUCUCUAAUUGCGUUAAUCAUUUGCAAAACGUUAAUUGAAAGAAAGAAAAACGUAAACAAUUUCUAUUAGUGUAAUUUCAACUCAAUGACGGAGCAACGCCUCAUCAAGUCAAAGAGAAUCGUAUAGGAAAACAAAUAAAUGAAAUUUAUUUUAAAGACAAACAAAUAAUUAAUCACAAUUGAUAAUUAAAAAAAAAUUAUUAACAAGAGAAACUUUUCCGCAUGGAAAAAAUGAGAUAUUUAAAUCAAGGCAAGAAAUGUGACUAAUAAGAGGAACAUAUUUUUAAUGGAAUGAAAAAAAAAUUGAAGAAAACACACUCACACAUUAAUUACUUAAGUGAUUCGAGCUUUUUGAGACUGGCGAUACUAGAUGUUAUACACACACAAAUCAUACUCCAUAUUAUUGAAAUUGUAUGUGAGAAAGGGAGGCCAUGCUGUGCCGCAUUGAUGGAGGAAAAAACAAAAUACAAAAUAUGAAUCAAUAAAUAUGCAACAAACUUGGAACCAAUUUCAUGUAAUUCGUAAGUGUAUGGGUGUAAAAAAAAUGAAGAAAUAACACAUUGUGAAUGGAAUUAUUCGUUAUAACUUAAGUCAACUGCCAAUUGGCAGGCACAUAAAAGGAAAAACAAUUUUAAAUGGAUGAAACAAGGAAUCGAAGGAAGAAACUAUGAAUGUGUAUUGUAAUGAAAAAAAA